GUAUGUUCUUGUCCUCGAAUUGACCCGGUGAUCCAUUGAUUGUCCUAAUAUUUUAAUUUUAAUUGCGUUUAUUACUACACAUCGAUUAGACGACUCUGUGCCCUCACUCUGCGCUCCACGGACACCCAAUCUGUAAUCUGUGUCUUUGCUUUCCCUUUUCGGGGCGAUCAAAUACGCCUAUAUUUCCUCAAAGGAAACCCCAUCCGCCCUAAACGUCAGGCAGCAGCAGCAGCGAUCAACCAUGACGCUUGGCUCAGCAGGAUCGAGUGUCGUGGGUAAGUCAACUCGUUUCUCUGCGAUGUCCUUGAUCUGCUGAUUUUAUUUGUCUCUCAUUUCGGGCUGUUUUCAGGGUCGUCAUGUUAAUGAAAAACUCGUAAUUCAUUUUGUGUGUGUGUGCGGAUUUGUUGAAUAGCUGUCGUGCUGUCGCUUAUUGCAUCCGAUCACGGCUUUGUGGCCUAGUAUGUGAAUUCAUUCACGUGAAUACGUGAUUACCGUCGCGGCUUCACUACAUGUAUUCGGAUUUAAGGAUAUAUCGUUUACUGUACAACUUGUGCAUCAAAUUGCUCUAUUUCAAGAAUUAUGGUGCUGUUGCUAGUUGAAAACUUCAGUUUGUAUGUCUAGCGCUUUUAAGUUAAUCAAGGAACAUUAGGGGGACUUCACUUUGCCUGUUCUUUACCGAGUUAAGUCUUUUUUCAGAUUACUGUUUCUGUUAGGUGAAUGGAGUUGAAAGGAAUGGUUACAGUUGUAACAUUUGUGUAUACACAAUUUUUUUCAUGCCCCCCCCCCCCCUCUUUAUGGUUGUUGUUACUUAUGUUUUGUUGAGGAUUUUUUCGCUCGAAUGCUGUCUAUGAAGGUUAUAUUAUCAAGUUUAUUUGUAAUUGCUGUCAGUUUAAAGUAUUUGGGAAAUUCAUUUUUUAUUUCAUAUGCUUGGGUUCUGUUUCUCACCAACAAUUUAGUGGCAUACAUCAUAUAUAGAGAUGGAAUUGCAUGCAUAUGAUAACUUAUCACUUCAGUGUAAUUAAUAAUUAUGAAAUUAAGAACCAAAUCCAAUCCGAAUAAUGCAAUUCUCAGUGAUCGUUGAUCAAGUACAUCCUGCAUGUGUGAACUGUGAAUUGUACACAAAUGAUCUCUAGCCUUUGUAGCCUUACCAUACUGCGCAAUUAAAUGUUUUCGCUCAAGGAUUUCUGAUAUUUUAGUAGUAGUUUCACUUGAACUAGAUAGGAAUAAAACUUAUCAGGUCAUAUUCUUCUAAUAUCGUUUCAUCAUCAGAAUAAGUUACGGGUAGUUAUUUAAGUAUGUCUACUGCUUUAAUUAGUUCAUUAUCUUAAAAAUUGUCAAUUUCCUUCCAGUACCUCGCAAUUUUAGAUUGUUGGAGGAACUUGAGCGUGGAGAAAAAGGUAUUGGAGAUGGGACAGUGAGUUAUGGUAUGGAUGAUGGAGAUGAUAUCUACAUGCGUUCCUGGACAGGCACUAUUAUUGGUCCCCAUAACUCUGUACAUGAAGGACGUAUAUACCAGUUGAAAUUGUUCUGUGACAAAGAUUACCCAGAGAAGCCUCCCAGUGUUCGUUUCCAUUCACGAAUCAACAUGACUUGCGUGAAUCAUGAAACAGGAGUGGUUGAUGCAAAGAAGUUUAAUCUUCUCAUGAAUUGGCAGAGAAACUAUACCAUGGAAGACAUACUGACACAGCUGAAGAAGGAGAUGGCAGCUCAGUAUAACCGCAAACUGGUCCAGCCACCGGAGGGCACAUAUUUCUAGUAUAGCCUACUAAGUCAUUCGACUGUGUGUGUGGAACUGUAAUUCUGUGUCAUAUGGGCAACAUUGAAGUUUCUAUGGGGAAGCAAAUUCCCUGGUACUUUGCUUAUCAUGGUUACUUGACCCGCACACCCUCAACCCCCUUCUAGUUUCUCUCAACAAAAUUUACAGGAUGCUCAUUGCUGUACUGUUUGGUUAAUUGGAAAUUUCUGUGUGCUGAACAAGAUCUACAUUGAAUAUGAGUCAUUUUAUUAUCAUUUCUUAGUUCUUC